GUAGAGCAGCAAUUAGCUGGCUGCUGCAGGAGACGCUUGGACGAAGACACACAAGUCCCCUCCAUGUCUCUAGCUGCUCCGGCUCUCACCUCAGCUGUGGUGCACUUUCAGCUGGGCUUGUGCAGGGAGAUGGUUCGAGUCCCUGCCACAAACCUGAGCUACCACCAUGCCAAAAGACUUGCCGCUGAAAUCAUAAAACGGAAGGCGCCGGAGAGCAGCGUGGUGGGGGCGGGUGAGCGGGUCUUGCUCUUCAGACACCAGACUUCCUCUGACCUUCUGCUGAAACAUCUGACGCUGCAAGACGAGCUGCAGGACGGAGACCUGAUCGAGGUCGUCAUCGCAGGAUCGGCGUCCGUCUGUGAGAUGAAGAUCUAUCCCCACUCUCUGCUGGUCCACUCCUACAGGACUCCCACCUUCUGUCACCUCUGCGGGGAGAUGCUGUGGGGGCUGGUGCGGCAGGGGUUAAAGUGUGACGGCUGUGGACUGGACUUUCACAAACGCUGUGCGUUUCGGUUGGUCAAUGACUGCAGCCGAGUGCGGCGUCAGGUGGGCACCAGCGUGUCUCUGUUCCAGCCCAGACACGUGCAGACCCACCUGCUGACCAACCACCGCGGAGGCAGUCUGGAGGAGAUCAGCAGGUCCAAGCCUUCCUCCAGGCCGCCGUCCUGGGCUGAGCCCCCGGAGUGGCUGCCCGUGGGGGUCAAGGCUCAGGUUCCUCACACCUUUCACAUCCACAGCUACACCAAGCCCACCGUCUGCCAGCACUGCCACCGCCUGCUGCGCGGGCUGUUCCGACAGGGCCUGCAAUGCUCAGACUGCAGGUUCAACUGCCACCGACGCUGUGAGCCGCUGGUGCCCAGAGACUGUCCCGGCGUCUCAGACAGAGAAGGUUUCCAUCCUGUCCUCCCUCUCUCUCUCUCUCUCUCUCAGCUCCUUGAGUCGACAUUUGAUCUGAGAUUUUGGGAGAAACCCUUUUUUUUCCUGAAGAAAAGUUUGGAAACAACACUGACAUUGCAUUUGUAUGAUCUCUUGGAAGCUGGUCACAGUCCAGCCGAGCCAGAGAUGGAGGAGGAGGAGGAGGAGGUGGAGGAUGAGUCACAGCACCUGAUCGCAACUUCACCAGAAAUCUGUGAAGAAGAAAUGUCGGACGGAGGGUUGCGGGAAGUGGAGCCGCCUCCAGAGCCCAUGAGAUUGCCGCUCCCUUCUUCUCUGCUCCGCUCCAGUCCAUGUUUCAGCAGCAACAUCCCGCUGAUGAGGCUGGUCCAGUCGGUGCACCACACCAAGCGCAGGGACACCAGCGUCCUGAUGCAGGGCUGGCUGCUGCACCACACCCAGGCCGAGACUCUGAGGAAGCGCCACUAUUGGAUUCUGGAUCCCAAAAGCAUCACACUGUACCAGAGCGAGAGCAGCACAAAAUACUACAAGGAGAUCUCCAUGGCAGAGGUGCUGCAGGUCCGAGGCCCCACUCAGCUGACCGUCCCCUCCUUGCCAGGCGACAGGACGCAUUCAUUUGAGGUGCUCACGCUCUCACUGGUCUACUGUGUGACUGCGGGCGCUGAUGGUCCGGCGUGGGAGAGCGCCCUCCGCCAGGCUAUGAUGCCGAUGGGGAGCCGGGAUCCCCAGGGUGUAGAUGCAAGUGGAGAAACUAAGGACAUCAGCUCGCUGUACCAGAUCUCCACAGAUGAGAUCCUGGGGUCUGGACAGUUUGGGGUGGUGUACAAAGGAACUCACAGGACGACGGGUCGGCUUGUUGCCAUCAAGGUCAUCGAUAAAUCCCGUUUUCCGGCCAGUCAGGAGCGCCAGAUGAGGAAUGAAGCGGCCAUCGUGCAGAACCUGUCCCACCAGGGCGUGGUGCAGCUGGAGGGGAUGUUUGAGUGCCACUCGCAUGUCUUUGUCGUCAUGGAGAAGCUCCACGGCGACAUGCUGGAGAUGAUUCUGUCCAGCGAGACCGGGCGACUGCCUGAACGCCUCACGCGCUUCCUGGUCCUGCAGAUCCUGGAGGCUCUGCGGUACCUUCACUUCAAGCACAUCGCUCACUGCGACCUGAAACCUGAAAAUGUCCUGCUGGCCUCUGCUGACUCCUUCCCUCAGGUGAAACUCUGUGACUUUGGCUUCUCGCGCAUCAUCGGCGAGCGCUCCUUCCGGCGCUCUGUGGUGGGCACGCCCGCCUACUUGGCCCCGGAGGUCAUCAGCUCCAGUGGCUACAACUGCUCCCUGGACAUGUGGUCGGUGGGCGUCAUCAUGUACGUGAGUCUGAGUGGAACUUUUCCCUUCAAUGAGGACGAAGACAUCCGGCAGCAGAUCACCAACGCUGCCUUCAUGUUCCCAAGACAAGCCUGGGCCUCUGUCUCCCUGGAGGCCGUCAGUCUCAUCAACAACCUGCUGCAGGUUUCAGUCAGACGCAGGUUCAGCGUGGGCCGAGCUCUGGGACACGUUUGGCUGCAGGACUUCCAGCUGUGGUGCGACCUCAGAGAGCUUGAGCAGCGAGAGGGCAGCAGGUAUCUGACCCACCACUGCGACGAUGAGCGCUGGAGACGCUACGCCACUGAGAGAGGACUGACCUUCCCCUCCUCCCUCUGCUGUGACCUUGACAUGUGACUUUGGUCUGAUAGUUAUUUUGAUCAUUUUUAAACAUCCACCCAGACCACAAACCAAAUCCACCUCUGAGACUCUUCGUGACCUCUCCUUGACCUCACCA